AUGGAUACUAUAGAUCCUAACUUAACACGGUCAGAUCUAAUAGUCCUCCAGGAAUUGUUUGGCGAUGCUUCCAUGCUAAGGAGCCAAGCUGUGGCAUCUCUGGGAAGUGGACCAAGCGGAACGGAUACGCUCGGUAUCGAUGAAUGUGAAACGAGACAGAGGUCCAACAAAAAUGGACCCGCUGAAUCCAGCUGUCUCGAAGCCAGCAAUGCCACAGUUGAAACGUUGUCUGCAUUCAACAAUCCUCAGCACAAAGAUUUCGAACCAACUAUCUUUGUUGGGUGGGAUUUCAAAGAUAUCAAGCUCCCCCACCUUAUUGAUGAAUAUAUAUUGCGGCCGUAUGUCAACGUUGGCCGGAGGAUUGUCCGUGUCGAAACAGAUGUGGUAAUGCUAACGCAUCUCCUCCUAUACUUUGCUACAUCCGUUCCAAGCGCCAUUUUUCUGUUUUACCACUUCAAUUGGGUCCAUGGAGUCUUUCACUGGAUCAUGCAAUCCUAUUACGUGGGAACAUAUACUCUCAUGAUGCACCAACACAUUCACAUGGGAGGAAUUCUUGCUCGGAAGUACUCAUGGCUUGAUACGUUGUUUCCCUACAUCACAAAUCCGCUGAUGGGCCACACUUGGAACUCGUACUAUUAUCAUCACGUCAAACAUCACCAUGUCGAAGGCAACGGUCCUAGCGACCUCUCUUCCACCAUUCGCUAUCAGCGGGACGACCUCGGUGAUUUCCUAUGCUACGUUGGUAGAUUCAUGUUCUUUAUCUGGCUGGAGCUACCAUUGUACUUUCUCCGCACGUCAAAGACGAGAUUAGCUAUAAAAGCUGCAUUUUGGGAAAUUUCAAAUUACCUUGCUAUUUUCCUCCUUUUCAAAGUUAAUUGGAAAGCUACACUGUUCGUAUUUGCGCUCCCACUCUUGCAAUUACGAGUGGGAUUGAUGGUCGGCAACUGGGGCCAACAUGCCUUUGUGGAUGAAAUGGAUCCAGAUUCCGACUUUCGCUCAAGUAUCACUCUAAUAGAUGUUGCCAGCAACCGUUUCUGUUUCAAUGACGGCUAUCACACCUCUCACCACCUCAACCCUCUGAGGCACUGGCGGGAACACCCAGUUGCAUUCCUCAAGCAGAAAAAGCGUUACUCUGAAGAGUUUGCGCUGGUAUUCCAUAACAUUGAUUAUAUCAUGUUAACAGUCAAGCUGAUGCAGAAGGACUAUGUGCACUUGGCAAAAUGUCUCGUUCCCAUUGGUGAUCAAGUCCAUAUGACCAUGGACGAGAUCGCUACAAUGCUUAGGACCAAAACACGUCGAUUUACUGAAGAGGAUAUUAAGAAGAAAUUCAAAGUGAAUAAAUAG